GACAAAUGAUUUCAAUUUCUUUUCCUGUUGUAAACAUUGUACCUCAAGUGUGGGAUUCAGUUCCACUUUACCACACCGGGUUAACUGACUGACGUCCUGUCACACUGUCAGUAGAAUAGGUUUCCUGCUUCCACCUGUAAAACUUAACAUACCUCCGUAAAAAUGGACGCAACAACCAAACCCUUGCGAAUCCCCCCAGAAAUGGGCAUUUAUGCGGAAAAGCAUGAAAUCUUCGAUUUGCUUCAGUCCAUGCUGACCAGACUGCUAGUGGACGAGCCUGAGGACCCUAUCCAGUUCCUGAUUGACCUGCUGAAGCGGGACGGCCUGCAAGUUCCUAGAGUUUUCCUGUUGGGCCCACCAGCCUCUGGGAAAAGGACUAUUGCCAAAAUGCUGUGUGAACACACACAUGCCACUCAGAUUAAUGCCAGUAGUCUACUUAAGGAGGAAAGUGACCUGGUCAAGAGGGCUCUGCAAUACCAAGAAAAGCAACAGGAGAUCCCCAGUGAGCUUUGGAUCAAGUUGGUCCAGCAGCGCCUGUCAAAAAUGGACUGUAUCAAACGGGGCUGGGUGUUUGAAGGGUUACCAAGGACUCGUGAACAGGCUUUGUUACUGCAAGAGGCAGGCAUUGCGCCAGAACAUGUAGUGUUUCUGGAUGCUCCUGACACUGUCCUCAUUGAGAGGAACCUGGGAAAGAGAAUUGACCCUUUCACUGGAGAUGUGUAUCAUGCCACCUUCUCCUGGCCCAGUGAUGACGUGGUGGCCCGCCGGCUGCAGGAGGCUCCGGGCAUCUCAGAGGAGGAAACCGCCGCCCAGCUGCUCCAGUUCCACAGGGAGAGCCACGCGGUGCAGAGGACCUACCAGCAGCAGCUCAGGGUCAUCAACGCAGACCAGCCCUCUGCCGACGUCUUCUCGCAAACGCUGACCUUUGCCCUGAGCCGCCCCCGCUCGGCGGCCCCCCAUACUCCUCGUGUCGUCCUGCUCGGAUCCCCCGGCAGCGGGAAGAGCCUGCAGGCAGCGAUAAUCGCUCAGAAGUACAACGUUGUCAACAUUUGCUGUGGGCAGGUUCUGAAGUCAGCGGUUGCAGACGAAACGAGUCUUGGAGAACUCAUUAAAACAUACCUGGAAUCUGGACAGCAAGUGCCCGACAGUGUGGUUGUGAAGAUCCUGACGGAGCGGCUCAGCCGGCUGGACUGUACCACCCGCGGCUGGAUCCUCCAUGGAUUCCCCCGCGACUUGGAACAGGCCGAGAAGCUCCACGAGGCGGGCUUCGUCCCGAACAGGGUGUUUUUUUUGGAAAUACCUAAUGAUGUUGCCAUUGAGCGAAUCACUCUGAGAGCAGUUGAUCCAGUUACAGGGGAGAGAUACCAUUCCGUCUACAAGGCCCCCCCCGGCCCGCCGGUCCAGAGCAGGCUGCAGUGGAACCCCCGCGACUCCGAGGAGGGGCUCCUGCAGAGCCUGGCGGAGUGCAGAGCCCACGCCCCCGACCUGCAGGACUUCUACCCUCACACAGUCCACAUCAACGCCGACCAGGACCCCCACGCCGUCUUCGAGUCGCUGGAGAGCCGCCUGGUCAACCGCCUGCCCAGGUACCUCCCUGCCUCGGCUCUGCCCGAGCCCCCACACUGAGGACAGCAGGGGCGCGACGCAGGACGUACCCUGGGCUGUGGCUGUGCUGCGUCACUUGCUUUUAAAUACCUUUAUUCUUCCAUCACCAUGUAGUCACUUUAGUGCAAUUCGACAAACCCAUUCAGCCAAAAUAUCAGAGACUUGCUUAGUGGCAUUUCAUGCCUGGUUUGCUGAAGGAGCAGCAGUCCCCUGAUCGGAGUCUGCCUGGAGCAGUGUAACCUCCACUGCAGUCCCUCCUACCAUUAUCCUCAAUGUGAUCUCAGACGAAGGCGGUCCUGCUGGAAGACUGGGAUUGGGAUGCAAAAAUUGUGGAGUAUACGUCACGCCCUCAUCAAGCCAGUAUGUUCCUGAUAUUGUGGCCAGUAAAUGUAGUCUACACCUCUUCACAAACCUAAGGUGUCGAGUGUGGCACAUAAAAACGAAUAUUUCUACUCCUUUGCUAGCCUUCAAGUGUACCAUAAGCAUCUUAAUAAAAAUGUAACACUUUUAAAGAAUUUAUUUAAUGCACAAACUAUAUUCUUAAAACACUUUGCCUUACUCUUAUAUGAAAUGCUGUAUUGUACACGUGUUAUAUAAAUACUCCAACGAG